CAGUGGUGCUUCAGCCGUGUGAGUGGGUGCACGUUCCGCCCUCUCCGCUCCUCAAUGACAAAAAAGUCGGAAAUCAAAAUGAAUAAUCUAAAAUUCAUAUGCGUGCUAAAGCUACACGUUUUGGCAGCUUGCUGUUAUCUUCAUUAUCACUAUAGUUAUGUACACACUAUUUAAGCAUGAGAUGGUAACCGUGGCGACAGUCGUGACUGUGGUGGUCAAAAUAACUGUUAUUAUCUAACCGACGUGUUACACUUCGUAAUAUCACUACGCAACAAUUGUGUAACACUCAGAUGUCACGAGUUAUGAAUACGUUAUCGAGGAGCGCGGCCACACGUGUCCUCCGUACUGCCCUGUGUGUGUGUAGUGUGACGAGUUCGGUGUUGUCCAAGCCCGUCUGUACAUAGAGGCUGACCAUGCUGCCUAGUGUCUAGUGUGGAUAAUGUUGGGCAGACGUGUGCAGGCGUGGGCGUGGGCGUGCAUGUGGCUGGCGUGGGCGGCCAUGGGGGACGAGGAGGACCCGCUGCAGCACAAGGCCCAGGUCGCUGCCCGUGACCGCCAGCUCACACGGGUGCUACAUACACUUGGUGUCGAGAAGUCAGCUUCUGAAGAUAACCCGGAUAGCGGCGGCAAGGAUGACGAAGGAGCAGCCGGGGCCCCGGGAGAGGCGUGUACACACAAGACCCUGGACAUCGCCGUCCCUCCUGACCAGUUUACCAAGUUUCAGGACGGCACAAGAGCCGCCCUGCACAUUGCUAACUUAUUGAAUAAUCUGUUCGUAGCGGUUCCUGAAGGCCUGGACCCAUCUUACCCUCCAUACGUGUUUUACGCACUCGUCAGAGCCAUGAUGGACAACGAACCUUCCAUCAUGUCUUCGGCGGUCGCUUUCCAGAGGGGAGAGUUCCGCUCUCCAGUGGAACACAAGACUCUACACGAUGUAAAUGUUUCAAAUGAUGAAGGAAUACUGAGAGGCUCUCAAGAGGACACGACGGACCACAGGCAGAUGUUCGGAGCAUACGCCUACAGAAGGGACGGAGAGAUAGGGACGACAAACCUGGCCAUGCUCUAUAAUCAGUCGUACGACCAGGCCGACGUGGAGGGCUCCAUGUGGUUCACCGCUCACCUCACUUACAGGCGGGGUCGACGGAGGAUCAAUGCCACACUGACACCUGAAGGAUCACCUUCACCCUCGGGGGCCCUCACUCAGGAGGAGGACGGGCUCUGGGCCCCCAGCCCUCACUACGACUGUGGGGCCUCGGGCGCCUGGGUCAUCGCUUACUCCCUCCCCUUCUUCGCCAGGGCCGCCGACGGCAUCUUCGCCAGACUCAAGGGUGUGGUGCUGGUGACCUUCCCACUGUCAGUGGUCGACCUCAACCAGUGUGAUGACUCAGAUGACAUCCUUGGUCAUCACCUCUUCGGUGGCACCCAUAAGUGUGACGUCUCCACCACCAGGUGUGUGCCGGUGGCGGGUGUCGGGUUCCGGCGAGGCGGGUACCGGUGCCAGUGUCGGCCCAACUACUUCCGCCCCAAUACCACACACCAGUACUUCAAUGGCACCCUCGUCGAGCUGGCGUACUCUGAGACCCGCACCCUGCACGCCUUCAGAUGCUGGCCGUGUCCGGGAGGGUGCGGGGAGUGUUCGGCCUCGGUGACGUGUGGCGUCACCUACGACAAGUUGACCCGUCUGGUGCCUGUCUGUGUGGAGGCUGCCUGCGUCCUCGUCUGUCUCAUCUUGGCUCUCGUCAUCUUCAAGAUCCGCAAGUGUCGGGUGAUCGCCGCCUCACUGUGGACCAUGCUGGAGAUGGUGUUGCUGGGAGCCGUCGUCAUCUACUGUACUGUGUUCCUGAGAGUGGUGGAGCCGACGGCGCUGCUGUGCAUGCUGGAGCCCUGGUGUAGGGAGGUGGGCUUCGCUCUCUUCUACGGCGCCCUCGUCCUCAAGCUCUACAGGAACCUGGUCGACUACCGCACAAGGAAGGCACAUCGCUACGUCAUCCGUGACCGCGACCUGCUCAAGUACCUGGCGGGUCUGGUCGUGUUCAUCACGGGCUACCUUGCUGCCUGGUCGGCUCUCACGGCCCACCUGGCCACCGAGGGCCAUUCCCCCCUUGCUGUGGGCCGCACUUCUGACGGCUUAGCCUUCAGUGUCUGCAAGAGUGUUUGGUGGGAAUACGUCACAGAAUCUGGAGAGCUUCUGUUCAUCAUGUUUGGAUUGUACCUGGCGUGGCACUUGAACAAGGCGGCGAGGAACUCCGGAGACUGUAGUGAGCUCUCGGAGAGGCGAGCCCUGACUACUGCCCUGGUCUUGGAGCUGGUCACAUCAACCACACUUUACACCGGGCGUCACAUGGUGUGGCUGCGUGCACACCCUGACCACGUCUUCCUCGCAUACUUUGCAAGAACUCAACUUACUAUUACUCUCUCCAUUUUGUUGAUCUUAACUCCUAAGGUGUGGUGUGCUGCUGGUGUGGGGGGCCAAGACCUGCCGAGAAGGACCUACUCCACCACGGAAGGUGUCCAGGAGCCUCGCUUCUGUGAUGCUCUCACCAACGGUGACCUGGAAGCCUCUGAUAUCAACCUUAGUCAGAUGGACCCUGAGGAGAUCCGAACCGAGCUGAGACGAGUCUACACUCAGCUUGAGGUUCUCCGCACCAAGACGAUGAGGAAAGACAACCCUCAUAUCUCCAAGAGACGUGGUGGACGUAAGGCCACUCACAGAAGGUUCUCCCUGCAAAGUCGCACAGGAAGUCGAGAAAAGUCAUUCCAUCGCCACCACCAGCGCCCUCUGCCACUCUCACUGGAAGGUUGCGAGGGUGACAUCAGCAAAACUCCAGAGGAAUCUGUGUGUUCGAUUGAAGGUCCCUCAGUUGUGUCCGUCUACGCUGAUGGGCCUUCAGACACUGGAACACCGUCAAUCUUGCAUAGAUCGUAUAAAUUAUGAAAAUAUAACUUGAGGGUACUUGCUAUGUUCCCCAGCAAUGUAGAUGACAUCAGAGUACACUUAUAAAUAUUUCAUCCAUACAUGUUUCUUUUGAUGAUCCAUUCAAUACAGCAAAAGAUGUAUUCAUUGAAGUACUGUAUGUGUAAUUCUAAAACAAAUUCCAACAUGGUGCAUGUCUACACAUCAUAGUACUGUGUGUGUACAAAUGAAGCAAAAGCAAGUGAGCAACACUUGAGUAAAUGAUGUUCACAGUAUCAGAUUUGUAAUCAUUUUAUAUCAAUAUUUUGAUUUAGAAUAUAGAUUUUAUGUAAAUGAAAUAGUAAUGUAAAAGAUUUAUGCGAGAAAUGAAACCGUUACGGUGUGGGGCAGGAAGUUGCUGGCUCAUCAGAGGGCAUCUUGAGCCACCAUCAUAAUCUAGUCACAGCUCUAACAUUGUUAAUACAUUUCAUGGCUCCCAGUCAAUAUUUUUAUACAUCACUCACAUUUCAUUCUCUAAGCUAUAUCAAGAGCAUUAUAUCAAGUUUUUUAUUACAUUUGUUCGUGUAGAAUUGUUUAUCGCCAUAUUGCUUUGUUUAUUUAUAGAUAAGAUCUUAAAAUUAGCAAGAAACCAAAAUGAUUGUGUAAUGUGCAGAUGUAGUGUGUGUUGUGUUAUGUAAGAACCAUACAUUGAUUUGUUGUCAUAUGUGUAAACAACAGUUUUAACAUUGCUUAGAUACAUCUUUAUGAAGUAUCGAUGUUAAACAUAUAGAAUAGUUGCAUUCAUCACACACACAUUAUUAGCUCAAAAUUGUUACCUCAAACUGUUUGUUCCAGUGUUGUGCAUUGUGCCUAAUGCAAGUUAAAUAAUGUCCAUGAGGCAGCCGAGAUUA